GGUUUAUUAACUAUCAGUGGUGGACUGUCACGAGAGCUGAGAGAGAGAAGCCGUCAUGUCUUCCAGGUUCACCACAGUGAGCACCACCACCUCGGCUCCGCCCACUAAGGGUCUGGUGGACGUGGCUGACAUUGCUGUAGUGGUGGUGUACCUGAUCCUGGUCAUGGCAGUGGGAGUCUGGUCAUCUGUCCGAGCCAAUCGUACCACAGUGGGCGGUUACUUCCUGGCUGGACGCUCCAUGACCUGGUGGCCUAUCGGGGCCUCACUGAUGUCCAGUAACGUGGGCAGUGGUCUGUUUAUUGGUCUGGCCGGGACUGGAGCUGCUGGUGGUCUGGCUGUUGGGGGCUUUGAGUGGAAUGCAGCCUGGGUGUUGGUGGCUCUGGGAUGGAUCUUCGUUCCAGUCUACAUCUCUGCUGGAGUGGUGACAAUGCCUGAGUAUUUGGCCAAACGUUUCGGAGGCCGGAGGAUCCGCAUCUACAUGUCCGUCCUCUCCCUCAUCCUGUACAUCUUCACCAAAAUAUCUUCAGACAUAUUCUCUGGAGCCUUGUUCAUCCAGGUGUCGCUGGGCUGGGAUCUCUACCUGUCUACUGCGAUCCUGCUGCUGCUGACAGCAGCCUACACUGUAGCAGGGGGUUUAGCAGCAGUUAUCUACACCGAUGCAUUCCAGACACUCAUUAUGGUUGGAGGAGCUUUCGCCCUCAUGUUCAUCUCCUUCUCCCGUGUGGGCUGGUACCAGGGUCUGGUGGAGCGCUACAUGUCUGCAGUUCCCACGGUCACUGUCCCCAACACCACCUGUCAUCUGCCUCGCAGCGAUGCCUUCAGCCUGUUCCGGGACCCGGUGACGGGGGACAUACCGUGGCCCGGUCUGGUGUUUGGACUCACUGUGCUGGCCACGUGGGUCUGGUGCACGGAUCAGGUGAUUGUCCAGCGCUCUCUCUCUGCCAAGUCCUUAUCCCACGCCAAAGGCGGAAGUGUUUUAGGGGGCUACCUCAAAGUGCUGCCCAUGUUCUUCAUCGUCAUGCCAGGCAUGAUCAGCAGAGCUCUGUUCCCAGAGGAGAUUGGUUGUGUGGAUCCUGAAGUCUGCCAGAGAGUGUGUGGCGCUUCGGUUGGCUGUUCCAACCUGGCCUAUCCUAAACUAGUGGUGGAACUGAUGCCCGUGGGUCUCCGUGGUCUGAUGCUGGCAGUGAUGUUCGCUGCUCUCAUGUCUUCUCUGACCUCCAUCUUUAACAGCAGCUCUACCCUGUUCACGCUGGACCUGUACCACCGGGCUCGGCCCAGAGCUUCAGAGCUGGAGCUCAUGGUCGUUGGAAGGGUUUUCAUCCUGAUUUUGGUAGCCAUCAGUAUUUUAUGGAUUCCAGUCAUCCAGACGGCCAACAGCGGUCAGCUCUUUGACUACAUCCAGUCUGUGACCAGCUUUCUUGCUCCACCCAUCACGGCUGUUUUCUUGCUCGCAAUCUUCUGGCCACGAGCCAAUGAGCAGGGUGCGUUCUGGGGUCUGAUGGUCGGGCUGGUGGUGGGAGUGAUCCGGAUGGUCCUGGAGUUCUCCUACACCCCUCCGUCCUGUGGUCAUCCUGACCUGCGGCCUGCUGUGGUGGCUGACGUCCACUACCUGUACUUUGCUCUGAUCCUCCUGGCCAUCACCGGCGUGGUCACUGCUGUCGUCAGUCUGGCCACGCCCCCGAUACCAGAAGAACAUUUGUACAGGCUCACCUGGUGGUCCAGGUACAGCCUGGAGGAGCGUAUCGACCUGGUAGAUACCUGCCUGCCCACCUCGGCCAGCUCCGACAGAGGCAGCGAUGCAGACAACUCACAGCAGUCCUGUUGGCGGAAGGCUGGUCUGUGGAUCUGUGGUCUGACUGGACAGAAGUCGGGGGCUCCUUCUUCUCCCGCUGUGAACGACAAGCUGAACUCUCUGCAGGAGGUUCCACUUUGGAGGACAGUCUGCAAUGUCAAUGCUCUGGUUUUAUUGACUCUGAAUGUCUUCCUGUGGGGUUACUUUGCUUGAAUGUGAUGCUC